GUAAGUAGUGUAAAUAUGUAUGUUCCAUCUCAAAACUAUUCCGCCAGAGGGCGCCACUUGGUAGUUCGGCAAAGAUCCGUUAGAUGGCGCCACUUGGUAGUUCGGCAAAGAUCCGUUAGAUGGCGCCACUUGGUAGUUCGGCAAAGAUCCGCCAGAGGGCGCCACUUGGUAGUUCGGCAAAGAUCCGUUAGAUGGCGCCACUUGGUAGUUGUUCAUUGAUCCCCGUCAGAUGGCGUUACUUUGUACGUGUAAGUUAGUUAUCGAUGAAUUUAAAAAGUUCGGCAAAGAUCCGUUAGAUGGCGCCACUUGGUAGUUGUUCAUUGAUCCCCGUCAGAUGGCGUUACUUUGUACGUGUAAGUAAGUUAGUUAUCGAUGAAUUUAAAAAGUUCGGCAAAGAUCCGUUAGAUGGCGCCACUUGUUCCUUCCGCAAUGAUCCGUCUUUGUAAGUAAGUUAGCUAUGGAUCUGUUUAAAAAAUAUAUAGAGGGCGCCACUAGCCCCCUUCCCGCCGCCUCCCCGCCCUCCCCCGCCCCCUCCCCGCCGCUGCCCCUGGCCCUGCGCCCCUUGGUAGUUGUGCAUAUAUCCUCGCCAGUUGGCGCUACUUUCUAUGUUUAAGGUAUUUAUCUCCCGAGGGAAAACUUCGCUAAAAUAGAUGGCACCACUUUGUACGUGUACGACAAACAAAAAGUGACGAGGUGGCCUCCAGUGGCGAAGGUCGGAUUCGAACCAGCGUCUUUAGCUAACCGGGGCGUCUUUAGCCAGUUAACGUCAUGAACCCCUAGGCCACCCCGUCACGGUGAAACUGGUCCUAAUUUCUGGACUACAUUUGACCUCGCUCGACAAAGAUGGUUCACCGAAAGUUGAGGUAAGUACAUAUAUUUAUAUUUUAAUUAUUACAAAAUAAUGUAGUUUCGUUUCCUGUACGAUAACUUAACAAACAAAUCUUUUCCUCUUUUCAUAUAGUUCAUGAGAACCGUUUCACACGUUUCUUUACCACAUGCGCCCCGCCCGCCCGUCUACACCCCACCCCUCAACUGAAUUUUUCUGCUAUAAAAGAGCAUGUUGAACCAUAUUCCCACUACAGUGUCACAACGAAUAUUGCGUUGAAAUCAUGGAUCCGCAAGCUUCAUCACAUACCAAAUCCGACAACAAUACCAUCACCACUUGGUGCUGCCAGUGCUGGUUGUCCACCACCACAAGCGGCGGCGGCGGCUGUGACGGUGGCUGUAGCAGCUCCACUUCGCAAUCGUCACCCGGACCACAUCCGAUGGCAACAGCAAAGGCACUGUUAAAACAAGACGAUGGGGACAAGGGAAAAACAAACUGCCUAGAGAGCGCUUCUGAGAGCGAUACGAGCGAUGAAAUGAACUCUUUUUAUCAAGGAUGUAAAAGCAAGUGGAUAAAAGCGUUCCAAAACAAUACUCUGAUUAAUAGAUGGCGCCUCCCAUGCCAUUUCACACAUUUAGAGCGGAAGUAG